CACCCCAAAAACCUCUCACGCGCUCUCUCUCUCUCGCCUCGUCGCGGCCACGCCGGCGAGAAGCGGCGACGGGCGACGGGAUCGUAGGAUCGUGGAGGAGAGGCAACGACGCGCGCGGCCGGCCCCCAGAUCUAGCCGUCCCCGCGGCUUCUCGAGGCGAUCGCGGCGGAGCUGAGGUAUAGCUUAGCUUUCUAUCAUGGCGUCAGCCACAGCAGCGUCAGGAUGGCUGAGGGGUAAGGUGAAGGCUGUGACUUCUGGGGACUGUCUUCUCAUCAUGGGGAGCACAAAGGCAGACACCCCUCCGCCUGAGAAGUCAAUUACUCUGUCAUAUCUCAUGGCCCCAAGGCUGGCUCGCCGUGGUGGAGUGGAUGAGCCAUUUGCUUGGGAAAGCAGGGAGUUUCUAAGGAAACUCUGCAUAGGAAAGGAGGUCACAUUCAGAGUGGAUUACACAGUUCCAAAUGUUGGACGAGAAUUUGGUACUGUUUACCUUGGUGACAAGAAUGUUGCCUACUCGAUAAUUGCAGGAGGAUGGGCAAGGGUAAAGGAGCAAGGCCCAAAGGGUGGCGAACAAAGUCCAUAUCUUGCUGAACUUCUAAGGUUGGAGGAAGUUGCCAAGCAACAGGGUUUAGGUCGUUGGAGCAAGGAACCUGGUGCUGCUGAAGAAUCAAUUAGAGAUCUUCCACCAUCAGCGAUUGGUGAAGCGAGUGGUUUUGAUGCAAAGGGUUUUGCAGUUGCAAAUAAAGGAAAAAGUCUGGAAGCUAUUGUUGAACAAGUUCGUGAUGGUAGUACUGUUCGUGUUUACUUGCUCCCAAGUUUCCAAUUUGUUCAAAUAUAUGUUGCUGGAGUUCAGUCUCCAUCUAUGGGGAGGCGGCCACCAAAUCCUACAGUAGUGGCUGAAGCAGAGAGUUCUGUUGAUGGCACUACAAAUGGUGGAGAUUCUGAGGGAACUCCAGCACCACUGACUACAGCCCAAAGGCUUGCAGCAGCAGCAGUUUCUACUGAAAUUCCACCAGACAGGUUUGGACUAGAAGCUAAGCACUUCACAGAGACACGGGUUCUCAAUAGAGAUGUGCGAAUUGUGGUGGAAGGCACAGAUAGUUUCAGUAACAUAAUUGGUUCGGUGUAUUACUCUGAAGGGGAUACAUUAAAGGAUCUGGCCCUUGAGCUUGUUGAAAAUGGUCUUGCCAAGUAUGUUGAGUGGAGUGCCAACAUGAUGGAUGUUGAUGCAAAAAUAAAGCUGAAGAGUGCUGAGCUUCAGGCUAAGAAGGACCAGUUGAGAAUUUGGACAGGAUUUAAGCCGCCAGUGACAAACUCAAAGCCAAUCCAUGACCAGAAAUUCACUGGAAAAGUUGUAGAGGUCGUGAGUGGGGACUGCAUUAUUGUUGCUGAUGAUGCAGCUCCUUACGGAAGUCCUUCUGCAGAACGCCGGGUUAACCUUUCAAGCAUUAGAGCUCCUAAACUGGGUAACCCCCGUAGGGAUGAGAAGCCUGAUAAUUUUGCCCGGGAAGCUAAGGAGUUUUUGCGCACAAGAUUGAUUGGGAAACAAGUGACUGUUGAAAUGGAAUACUCUAGAAGGAUCAGCACUGUGGAUGGGCAGCCAACAACAAACAUGGCUGAUGCCAGGGUUUUGGAUUAUGGUUCGGUUUUCCUCGGUUCACCUUCGCAGGCUGAUGGUGACGAUGUUUCUUCCGUUCCAAGCUCUGGCAAUCAACCUGGUAUCAAUAUUGCUGAGACUUUGCUCUCACGAGGCUUCGCUAGAACAUCUAAACAUCGGGACUAUGAGGAAAGGUCACACUAUUUUGACCUGCUGUUAGCAGCUGAAUCACGAGCUGAGAAAGCAAAGAAAGGAGUUCAUUCUGCAAAAGAAUCUCCUGUGAUGCACAUAACUGACUUGACAAUGGUUUCAGCGAAGAAGGCCAGAGACUUCCUUCCUUUCUUACAGCGGAACAGAAGACAUUCUGCGAUCGUUGAAUAUGUCUUCAGUGGCCACCGCUUCAAACUAACAAUUCCUAAGGAGACUUGCAGCAUUGCCUUUUCAUUCUCUGGUGUUAGAUGCCCUGGUAAGGAUGAGCCCUACUCGAACGAAGCUAUUGCUUUGAUGAGGAGGAGAAUCCUACAACGAGAUGUUGAGAUAGAGGUUGAAGCAGUUGAUAGAACUGGGACAUUCUUAGGUUCCCUAUGGGAGUCCAAAACCAACAUGUCUUCUGUCCUUCUAGAGGCUGGUCUGGCCAAGCUUAGUUCAUUUGGCUUGGAUAGGAUUCCAGAUGCAAAUAUUCUAACAAGGGCUGAACAGUCUGCAAAGCAGCAGAAGCUCAAGAUUUGGGAGAACUAUGUAGAGGGUGAAGAAGUUUCGAAUGGAUCUGCAUCUGAAUCAAAACAAAAGGAAAUUCUGAAGGUCAUUGUUACUGAAAUCCUUGGUGGUGGAAAGUUCUAUGUCCAAACAGUAGGUGACCAAAGAGUGGCUUCCAUUCAACAACAGCUCACAUCUUUGAAACUUAAAGAGGCACCUGUCAUUGGUGCAUUUAAUCCUGUGAAGGGGGAAAUAGUUCUUGCUCAGUUUAGCGCUGACAACUCCUGGAAUAGGGCAAUGAUUGUGAAUGGACCUCGAGGAGCUGUAGAAUCUCCAGAUGACAAGUUUGAAGUGUUCUACAUUGACUAUGGCAACCAAGAAGUUGUUCCUUACAAUCGCAUACGGCCUGCUGACCCAUCAAUUUCCUCUUCGCCUGCUCUUGCUCAGUUGUGCAGCCUUGCCUUCAUAAAAGUUCCCAACCUAGAAGAUGAUUUUGGUCAUGAAGCAGCAGUUUAUCUGAAUGAUUGUUUGCUCAACAGCCAAAAACAAUAUAGGGCAAUGAUUGAAGAGCGUGAUACUUCUGGUGGAAAGUCCAAAGGACAAGGGACUGGAACUAUUCUGAGUGUUACACUGGUUGAUGCAGAGACAGAAACUAGCAUCAAUGCUGCCAUGCUCGAGGAAGGGCUUGCUCGGCUUGAAAGAAGCAAGAGGUGGGAUACUAGGGAGAGAAAGGCUGCUCUCCAGAAUCUGGAACAGUUCCAGGAGAAAGCAAAGAAGGAAAGGCUGCAGAUCUGGCAGUAUGGAGAUGUUGAAUCUGACGAGGAAGAGCAAGCACCAGCUGCCAGGAAAGCUGGAGGGCGUCGCUAGAUGAGCUCAAGGCAGCCAUGCCGUCGGUAAGCUAUCAAGUUUUGGACACCGGGUCGGACUCUUACCGGGAGCUUAGAUGAAACCAUAGAGAAUGAGGGUUACCUUAUUUAUGCAGUUAGAACAGAAGCUAGCGAGGCGAAACUUCCUCAGUUUGAGCGCUGUUGCUUGAUGCUGAAUUAUUAUUCCGUUUUACAUCGUAAUGUUGAGGUUAAAGAUACAUUGUUUUUCCCCUAAACUCAAUAAGGUCGUGUACUUUGCGCACUGCAGUUUUUUUGUAGACAAACAUGAUAAUCCCAAGAUGGUCACUGUCGUCUUUUCUGGAUUAAAAAUUCAGGAUUGAACUUAGAAGCUAAUCCCAAGAUGGUCACUG